CAGUGGCGACUUGUGCCAUAUUGGAAUGAGGUCGUGAAACGACCAGGCGGAAAGAAACGGCACCUAAAACCGACUUGAAAAACUAUUUACUGCCCACGUCAGAGUGAAAGUUCGUUCGUCUCUGCAGAGCCACAUUGCAUUAACGGCUCCUCUAAUGCUGAAUGCUGCGGGUAGUCCGCACCGCACAGCCUACGGUCAGUACACGCCGGCACUACGAGACUUGGCCUAAAGGGGGCGCCCAAAAUGAGUCAGGAACCACUGGAGUCCGAAAGGGACUCUGGUCAGGAUGUGUCCGACUUCAACUGGGACGACUACCUCGAGGAGAGCGGGGCCACGUCUGUGCCUCAUCAUGCCUUCAAGCAUGUGGACCAGGGCCUGCAGACGGGCUUGGCGCCAGGCAUGAAGCUGGAGGUGUGUGUGCGCGCGGAGGCCGACAGCCCCUACUGGGUGGCCACCAUCAUCACCACCUGCGGCCAGCUGCUGCUGCUGCGCUACGAGGGUUACCAGGACGACCGGCGCGCCGACUUCUGGUGUGACAUCAUGACCGCCGACCUCCACCCGCUGGGCUGGAGCCGCCAGCAGGGCAAGACCAUGAGGGCCCCUGAAGGGGUGCGUGAGAAGCACCAGGACUGGCAAGUCUUGCUGGAGACGGCCAUUGCUGAGGAGGGCAGCGCACCUGCCAACCUGCUGGAAAUGCCCCAGCGCGGUAAGGACCCGAUGGAGCUGCUGUGCGCCGGCUGCUACGUGGAGCUCCAGGACACCAGUGACCCUGGCCUGGCCUGGGCGGCCGAGGUGGAGGAGAACGUGGGCGGGAGGCUGAAGCUGCGGCCGCUGGGCACCGAGGGGCUGGCCGACACGCCCUCCACCCUCUGGCUCUACUACCUCCACCCACGCCUCCACCCGCCCGGCUGGGCCCAGGAGCACGGCUGCACCCUCAGGCCCGCCCAAGAUCUGCUGGCCCUGCAGACAGCAGAGGAGUGGGAGGUGGUGAGGCAGCGGAUACAGGAGCUGCCACAAGAUGAUGCUCUGGAUGAGGUGUUUCCCAAGGACCAGACUCCCAUCACGGCUCACAGUUUUAAGGAAGGCAUGAAACUGGAGGCUGUCGACCCGACUGCUCCCAUCUCCAUCAGUCCGGCUACUGUCACCAAGGUGUUUGACGAGCUCUACUUCCUGGUGAAGAUGGACGACCUCUGCGGUAUGGACGAGGGCGACGGCGGGGGCCGCUCCUUCCUGCGCCACAGAGAGAGUCCCGGGAUCUUCCCAGUGCAGUGGAGCCUCAAAAACGGACUGCCCCUCUGCCCGCCCCGGGGCUACCAGGGGCAGGACUUCGACUGGGCCGACUACCUGAAGCAGAGUGAGGCAGAGGCGGCUCCACAGCACUGCUUCUCCGCGACGUUGUUCACCAGCCAAGAGCCGACGGAGCACAGCUUCAAAGUGGCCAUGAAGCUGGAGGCGGUCAACCCUCUGUCACCCGAGAAUAUUCACGUGGCCACGGUCAGCAAGGUCAAAGGGCAAUACAUCUGGCUCAACCUAGAAGGGCUGAAGCAGCCCAUGCCAGAGGUGGUCGUCCAUGUAGACUCCAUGGACAUCUUCCCCGUCAGCUGGUGUGAGACCAACGGCUAUCCUCUGGUCUACCCCAUCAAGCCCCCAGUGGAGAAACAGAGGAAAGUUGCAGUGGUGCAGCCAGAGAAACACAGAUCUCAACCCAAGUCCUCCGCACCUGACUCUGAGAGGCAGCCAAUGGGCAGCCAAUCAGAACUAGGAGAGGGAUGUCGCUCCAUCAGAGGGCAGGGGAACGGGAAGUACUGCUGUCCAAAGAUCUACUUCAACCACCGCUGCUUCUCCGGGCCUUACCUCAACAAGGGCCGCAUCGCAGAGCUGCCCCAGCUCAUCGGGCCUGGCAACUGUGUGCUGGUGCUGAAAGAGGUGCUGACCCUGCUGAUCAACUCGGCCUACAAGCCCAGCCGCGUGCUGCGGGAGCUGCAGCUGGACCAGGAGGGCCGCUGGCAAGGUCACGGAGAGACGCUGAAAGCCAAGUACAAAGGAAAGAGCUACCGGGCCACUGUGGAGAUAGUGCGCACUUCUGACCGCGUGGCAGAGUUCUGCAGGAAAACCUGCAUCAAACUGGAGUGCUGCCCUAACCUGUUUGGACCACGGAUGGUUCUGGACCGCUGCUCGGAGAACUGCUCCGUACUCACCAAGACCAAAUACACGUAUUAUUACGGCAAGAAGAAGAGUAGGCGGGUGGGCCGGCCUCCCGGGGGUCACUCCAACCUUGAAGGAGGGGCGAAGAGGAGGGGAAGGAGGAGGAAGAGGAGGAACGGGCUCUUCGUGCACAAGAAGAGGCGUUCUUCAGCCUCGUUGGACAACACGCCCGCCGGGUCUCUGCAGGGCAGCGGAGAUGAGGAGGACCUGGACGAAGACGAGUCCCUGAGCGAGGACUCUGGCUCGGAGGUGCAGGACGAGCUUCAGGAUGACUCUGAGUACUCGGUGGGGAAGUCCCUCCCCGCCACGCCCUCCCCCUCGCCGCCAGCCACACCCCGGCCCACGCGGCGCCGGCGGAAGCCCUGCUCACCGUCCUUCUCCGAUGACGAAAACCGCCCGCCGUCACCCAAGAUCGCCAAGACGGAGCCGCCACAGAAGCUGUGUUUGGACACCAGCCCCCUGGAGUGGAGCGUCCCAGAUGUGGUGCGGUUCAUCAGGACCACCGACUGUGCCCCUCUCGCCCGCAUCUUCUUGGACCAGGAGAUUGACGGACAGGCGCUACUCCUGCUCAACCUGCCAACAGUCCAGGAGUGCAUGGACCUGAAGCUGGGACCAGCCAUUAAGCUCUGCCACCACAUCGAGAGGGUGAAGCUAGCGUUCUAUCAGCAAUUUGCCACCUAGCUGAGGGAAGGGCCGGACAUUGGCCCACCUCCCUCCUCUCUGUGUUUGUCUUGGUUAAUAAGAUCAUGUAUCUACCACUGGGUAUCCUUUUGGAAUCCUUCAUAAUUCCCUUCAUGGAAAAUGUCAGACGUUGCCAUUAAAUAGCGUUCCUGGCUUGAGGAGAUCGAGUGUUGACGUGAUGACAGCAAUGGUCCAUCUGUGAUUUCUUCAUCUGCUCUGCUGCUGGCUUGAGACGUUUACCAUUAGCUCUUUACAACGUAUGCUUACUCCCAUCAUCCUCAAGAAGGCAGCAAGGUUACUCUCCUGGUUUAAGGUCAUUUGAGUUAGGUAGCGAGAAUGCAAAAUAUGAGCUAAAGAAUGCAUAACAAUUUAUAAAGGGUGUAUUUGUAAUAGAUGUUUUUUUUUUUUUUUACAUACAUGAUCACUUUUAAUGCCUUGUAAAAAUAACUUCAAUUUUGUCAAACCUUCAAAAGAGCAGACAUCUUUUAACCCAUUUUUUUGUGUGCACUAUUACACACAGAUUACAAAAAUGUAUUAAAUGUACUAAGAAGUACAAAAAUACUUAAAUGUUAUGCUUAGAUCACAAGUGAAUCACAAUCUACUUACUUAAAUUUAGCAAACGUCCAUAGAGGUCGUACUUUUGCUUUCUGUUUACAUUAAAGACAUGCCAGAUGUAGAAGAAAGCUGUUUAAUGUUCUCCAUCAGUAUCUUGAUGUUUAAGCCGGGGACAACGCCACAGUCUGGUGGCUUUCGGGAUAACACUGUUUCGUCUAAAGAGCGGUAAACAAUGCGACUGAUCUUAUUUUGUAAGCACAAGCAAAACUGUAUGUGAUGACUGUAUUCAAUGUGUAUAUAGAAAGGCAUGUGUUUGUAAAUAGUGUACAUAAUCUCAAGAUUCUUCUAGUGCAACAGGGUGAGUAGAUUUUCUAUUUAGCAAUACAAAAUGCAUUGAUUAAUAUCCCAAGGCAUAGGCCUACACUUGCACAGUAAAUCCUUAAACAUUUUUAUUUGGAAUAGAGUCGAACCUAUUGUUAGCUAGAUUUAGAAAUGGGAAAUAUUGUGGGAUUAGGCCUGCGCAUUUGACGUUAUACUUGAGAUAAUUCCUAAAUAAAUGAAUAUUUUGGGCAGCACAAACAAAUUACAAUUAUUAUGCCAACAAUUAACUUUAUACUUGUGAAUGAGCAGUUUCUAAAUGAACCGGAACUCCCUACUUCUUUUCAAUGUAUGUAGUGUGUGGUGUUUCGAUUUGUGUCAAAUAAUUGUUUUCAAUCGUCUAUUCAGCAGAUACAGUUGUACAGAAAACAAAUGAAAUUUCAUGACUUUCCUUUUGAACAUCUAUUGUUAUUUAAGAAUUUGCAGCAAUAAAAUGAUAAAUGGUUCGAAAA